AUGGAAGGGAGCACCUGGUUCUCUCUGAUAUUGCUAUGCUUUGUGUGGCUUCCCUGGGUUUAUAUAGAUCCAACAGUGGGGUACUCUCUUAAAAACUGCACCAUUCGUCGUUCUUUGAACAACACGGUCCUGUUCUUUACACCCACUGUGCUUUGUUUCAAGAUGAAUUUCCAUGCUGUUCCAUUUCCCAUACCACCCAAUGCAGUGACCUUAGACAUUUCUUUCAAUUACAUCUCACAAAUCAAGGUGGGGGAUUUCAAAAAUCUCACAAACCUCAAAAAUUUAAAUGUAUCCAACAACCAGAUUUCUCAUAUGGAAGCUGGAGCUUUCAGAGAACUGACGGCUUUGUGUAAGCUAAAUCUAGCCCACAACAACCUGAGAACUAUCUCAAACAACAAUUUUCAGGGCCUUGUCAACCUCAAGACCCUACGACUGGACAAUAAUCACAUUAGCAGCAUUGAGUCUUCGGCCUUUUGCUCACUUUUCAAUUUAGAGACAGUGAACUUAACUGGAAAUAAGUUUCAGCAUAUAGAGAGUGUGCAUCCCAUCCUAAAAUUACCUGCCUUACAAGAGCUGUACAUCGGAAGCAACAGAAUUUCUACUUUCCGGUCCCAAGAAGUAUGUAACACAUCACUGGUACUAAAAUUGCUGGAUUUAUCCUGGAAUCCACUAGAAAUAUUCCAGAUCACAGAAGACAUUCUUCCUCGUCUUGAGACUUUGGACAUCUCCUACUGUGGUGGUAAUGGACACAUGCAGUGGGACGUGGGGGACAGGUCAUUCCUACGUAAUGUGAACAGGCUCAACGUGAGUGGCCUCCAUAUCUCAGAGCAGGAUGCAGCCAAAAUAUUUCGCAGCUUCAGCCUCUCCUUGCAAAACCUGAGGCUAUAUGACAUGAAGCAUCUGAGGAUUGAAAGCCUCUUGAAGGACGCCUGCCAGAUACCUAGUCUGAGAGUUGUUCGCCUCAAGAACAACAACCUGACAUCUGUCAACGACCAGCUGUUCCGGCCGUGCUCCCUCGUGAAUGAGCUGGAUCUGUCUUCCAACUGUAUCCAUGACGUAUCGCAGUUCACGUUCAGGCCUUUUGUGCAGCUGGCCACCCUCCGUCUUGCUUACAACAAACUCAGGCUGGUCCCGAGGGCCGUUCAGAAUCUCACCACCCUGGGGUCCUUAGAUCUCACUUACAAUAGCAUCAGUAAACUGUCAUGCUCUGACUUUGCCAACCUUACGCAGGUCACACGUCUCCAGCUGUUUCGCAAUCACAUAUCUGCCCUCAGUGGGUGUUUUUUCAGGGACCUGCAAAACCUGCAGACGUUGAAGUUAGGGAGCAACAAAAUACUGAGCGUCAUGGAUGCUUUCAAAACUGGCCUACAAAAACUGCAGCAUCUGGAACUGAGAUCCAACAAGCUGAGCGCUGUCAAGGGAGGAGACUUCCAAAGCUUACGCUCCCUUCAGUACUUGGAUCUUGUGGAUAAUCAAAUUUCUAGAAUAGAAGAUGAGGCUUUCAUAGGAUUAGACAACCUGACAGAGUUAUAUCUGGGAUCAAACAAGAUCACGCAAGUUACAAUAAGUGCAAAAAAUAUCUUCUCAGGACUGUGUAACUUAAAAGUUCUGCAGCUGUCCUCCAACUACAUAUCAUAUGAGAGCUCUGAUAAAUUAGAUCAUCCGCCCUUCCGUCUGCUGAAGACGUUGAUGUCGCUGUCAAUCAACAGCCAGGGCCAUAAAGGAUUGCGCAAUGUGCCGUCCAAUCUUCUCUAUGGCCUGAGUUCUCUGCAGACCAUUGAAAUUGGAAAUGGAAACAUUGAAUUUCUGCACCAGGAUACGUUCAACCACACACCACACCUGUCAUACCUGGACAUCAGCAAGAACGUGUUCACUGCCCUCACUCCACAGGUGUGGCAGAAAAUCCCGGACCUCACUGUGUUGGUCCUGUCAAAGGCUCGCUUACAGUCCCUUGACUUCCUGAUCAAUGCUAACCUUUCCAAAGUCCAGUCCCUGCAGGUGAGGAGGAAUGAGCUGGCAGUCAUUAACGAGACAUUAAUCCGCUCCCUUCCCGCACUUACCUACUUGAACCUGGAAGAGAAUGCAUUCACUUGUGACUGCAACAACGCCUGGUUCAUCAACUGGGCGGAGACGGACAACCGCACCCAGGUCGUCAGCGCCAGCAUGUUCGCCUGCAACUACCCGCCCGACCUGAGGGGGACUAAGCUGGUGGAUCUGGACACGGACUCCUGCACGGUGGACAUAGGGAUGUACUGCUUCAUCUGCACGGCAACUGUGGUCCUGCUGACCCUGCUGGCCUCUUUCUUCUAUCACUUCCUGCGCUGGCAGGUGAUCUAUGCCUAUUACCUCUUCCUAGCCUUCCUCUAUGACUAUAGGCAGAAGAAGAUGCAUAAAAGGCCUCACUUCCAGUACGAUGCCUUUGUCUCCUACAAUUUUCACGAUGAGCCAUGGGUCCUGGAGAAGCUGCUUCCCGAGCUGGAGGGCGAGCAGGGCUGGAAGCUCUGCUUGCAUCAGCGGGACUUCCAGCCAGGCAGGCCCAUCCUGGACAACAUAGUGGACGGCAUCUACGGCAGCCGCAAGACCAUCUGCGUGAUCACCCGCCACUACCUGGAGAGCGACUGGUGCUCCAGAGAGAUCCAGGUGGCCAGCUUCCGGCUCUUUGACGAACGGAAAGACGUCCUGAUCCUGGUGUUCCUGGAGGACAUUCCGGCCAGCCAGCUCUCCCCUUACCACAGGAUGAGGAAGUUGGUGAAGAAGCGCACCUACCUCUGCUGGCCAAAGCCAGGGGAGGACACCAGAGUCUUCUGGCACAAACUGAAGAUGGCUCUGGAGACCAGAGCAGGCCCUGACGAAGAGAAUGCAAUCCUGUCUGGGCUGGAGCAUUGA